GUUGAACCAAAAUGAAGUUGGCAUUAAGACUUCUUCGACCAGCUGCCAACCAAAAUAUUAAAUCUCCGAAACUGUGGCAGGAUCCAGUGCUUGGAUAUUUUGAGACUCACGGAAAGACCGAAUUUCUGCCAGGACAUGAAUACAAUCUGAGCGACGAGGAGAAGAAAGCAGUUUUGUGGAGAUAUCGUGUCAAGGAGAUUUUGAAGAAGGAAUAUCUCCGUCGUGAAUACGAUCCUCAUAGCUUCAAGUACAAGGAGGGAGUCACCAUGGAUCCAGCAAUGUUCCGUUGGUAUUCUGCUGAUAUGACUCAAGCCGAGUUCUUCCGUUUCACACCACGCACCGUAUUCCUGUACGUCGGAACCGUUUUCGCUCUCUUCUACAUUUACACUCGUCUUAUGUUUGUCCCAAUGGACAAGUCGAAUGAAGCAUGUUUGGAUGGAAAGCUUCUUUGGUGGGAUCGUCAACAAGGAAGAACUCUACAAACCGGAGGAUCCGGUCUCUUUGCUCCAACCAUCGGAAUCGACUUCUAAUCGUCUCGAUCUAUCUGUUUUCUUAAAUUUACUUUUAGAUCCGAAUGUAAGCAACUUUUUCUCGAUUUUUGUUUUUUUUUAGCUGUGUCGUUAUCCUCGUCAAAUAAAAUUCAGAUUUUA